GAUAAAAAGUCCUGGAUAGAGUGUGGACUUGAAUUUAUGCCAUAUGUUUAUAACAUUUCAUGCUCAUUUGUAUAAUUUUUUUUUUUUUUUGAGAAAGACAAUAAUUGAAGUGGCGAUGGAUUGCUUUAAUAAUAAUUACUAUUUUUAAGACUUAGAGCCAAUAAUGUCUCUGGGGCAGUUAAUUAAAACUGAUGUUUGUUAUGAAUAAACUUAAAAGGAGAAAAAAAAAAUUCUUGUUAAGAGUGUGUAAAUAUAGUAGUGUUUAUUCAUGGAUAAGUGUGACCUGUGCCGUGAGAAGAGUGUGCCUCUGAGUGAGGUCGAUUUGGACAACAUGGAGCAGUGUGACGGGGGAAUACACAAAAGCAUUAAGAUAAACAGUGUCAAAACAAAUAAGAAAACAAAGAUUACUGCUGAAGUUAACAAGCUAGUUGACCUAAAAAAGCAACUAAAUGAAGAUGGACCCAAGAAAUUUGUACUCAAAACCCCAAAGGGUACAAGAGAUUUUUCACCAGAGCAAAUGGCAAUACGAGAAGGUGUCUUCAACAACAUCAUAGCAUGUUUUAAACGUCAUGGUGCUGAAACUAUAGACACACCAGUCUUUGAGCUCAAGGAAACGUUAACUGGUAAAUAUGGUGAAGACUCUAAGCUUAUUUAUGAUCUAGCAGACCAAGGUGGAGAGCUUUUGUCACUACGUUAUGAUCUGACUGUACCAUUUGCUCGAUACCUUGCUAUGAACAAAGUUACCAAUAUUAAACGUUACCAUAUAGCUAAAGUGUAUCGUAGAGAUAAUCCAGCAAUGAACCGGGGAAGAUUCAGGGAAUUUUACCAGUGUGAUUUUGAUAUUGCAGGUCAGUAUGAUCCAAUGUUGCCUGAUGCAGAAUGUAUUAAGAUAGUUGUAGAGAUCUUGUCUAGUUUGGAUGUUGGAGAGUUUGUUGUUAAGGUAAAUCACAGAAAACUCUUAGAUGGCAUGUUUGCUGCUUGUGGUGUUCCUGAUGACAAAUUUAGACCCAUCUGUUCUUCUGUGGACAAAUUAGAUAAGACAUUCUGGGAUGACGUCAGAUCAGAAAUGGUUGAUGAAAAGGGGCUGGACCCCAAAUCUGCUGAUAUGAUUGGAGAAUAUGUCAGAUAUAAAGGAGGGUUAGAGCUAGUGAAAGAAUUACUAAAUGAUCAAAAUCUUAAGUCACAAAAAAAUGCAUUAGAGGGUCUGGAGGAUCUCAAACUUUUAUUAACUUACUGUGACUCUAUUGGUGUCACAAAUAAGGUCAUCUUUGAUAUGAGUCUUGCAAGAGGUCUUGACUAUUAUACUGGUGUUAUAUAUGAAGCUAUUCUAACAGGUCACACAGUCCAACUGUCUGAUCAAACAGGCGAGGAAUCUGUUGGAGUUGGUAGUGUAGCUGGUGGAGGUCGUUACGAUGGCCUUGUAGGCAUGUUUGAUGCCAAAGGAAAGAAAGUUCCUUGUGUGGGUGUUAGUAUUGGCAUCGAAAGACUUUUCUCUAUAAUGGAAGCUAAGGCUCAGGCAGCUCAGACAAAGAUUCGUACAACAGAGACUGAGGUUUAUGUGAUAGCAGCUCAAAAGAACAUGGUAGAAGAGAGAUUGAAGUUGACUAACGCAUUAUGGGAUGCUGACAUUAAGACUGAACAGUCUUACAAAAAAAAUACAAAAAUGUUGAGUGAAUUCCAGUUUUGUGAACAACGAGGAAUACCAUUAGCAGUCAUCAUUGGUCAGUCAGAAAUAGAAUCUGGAGUUGUGAAAUUGAAGGUUAUUGGCUCAAGAGAAGAGAGAGAAGUCCCACGAGCAAACAUGAUAGAAGAGAUAAAGAAUACUUUAGCAUCCAUUAAAGUAGCUAAAGAACAAAAUAACCAGAAAGAAAGUUAGGGCUCAAUAAUCUCAUGCUGCAUCCCAGUGGCAGAAAACUUGUACACACAGUGAUAUCAUCAUAGAAAUGUCAACAGUGAAACAUAAACAUACAUUGACAAAGAAAACUCCAGAAAGUUUUGAACUGUAAUUUAUUUAGGGGCAAUUUAUUUAUUGACAUCUUCAUGUUUUGCAUGUUGUACAAUGUAUGAAUCUAACAAUUUAUUUCUGUCAUGUAAUUUAACAACAAUAAUCAAACAUUGCAGAAUGAAACUAGCAAUUUAAAUGUAUAGUCUCUUUGUCAUAGUAUUAAUUAGUUUAUUAUUUAUUGAAUACCAUGACUGGAGAGGAUUGUCAUAAGUGGGAGCAUUUUUAUUUUUUUUUUAGAAAUUGUACUUUAAAGGAAUAACAGCAAAGAUGAAAUUCAGCUGACAUCAUCAAAAUGCAGGAUUUUUUUUUUAUUUUGGUCCUGUCAUUUCAGAGUUAAUGUAAAGAAUUAAGGCAUUAAGAGUUAUAUUAAUUUAGCAGUGAAGGUUCUGAAAAACUGAAGCUAAAUGUAUGAACUUACUUCUUCUUGAUUAAACUUAUAUGUAUUGUGAAUUGAAUAAACUAUUAAAUUUUGUUGAAAUAUU